AUGAAGUAUUCACAUGGUGCUCCUGAAUUUUCACCCUGUAGACAUAGACUGUUUCCGUUUCAGGAAAAACUGGGCUAUGGUGCUUGUCGCUCAGUGAAUGAAUUUCAAAAAUUGAAUCGCAUAGGAGAAGGCACUUAUGGAAUAGUUUAUCGAGCUAAAGAUACAAAAAGUGGGCAAAUUGUAGCCUUGAAAAAAGUCCGUGUUGACAAUAAAAUGAGCGCUCAAGUUGGGAUCUCAGAUUCAGCUUUGCGAGAGAUCGUGCUGCUCAAACGGCUAAGGCACGAAAAUAUCGUCGAACUCAAGGAAGUUGCAGUGUCAAGAGAUCCUCAGGGGAUGUUCUUGGUGAUGGAGUAUUGUGAGCAGGAUUUGGCAAAACUCUUGGACGAAAUGGUGCAUCCAUUCACGGAACCGCAAGUCAAGUGCCUUAUGCAGCAAUUGUUUCGAGCUUUGAAUUAUAUGCAUACACAUUAUGUGCUCCAUAGGGAUUUGAAGGUAUCCAAUCUGCUUCUCACCAGUCAUGGUAUCCUGAAAGUUGCUGAUUUUGGAUUGGCUCGCGUUUUUGGUGAACCUGAUAUGAGCAUGACACCGAGAGUAAUUACGCUAUGGUAUCGCUGCCCAGAGUUACUGUUUGGUAGCAAAACACAAACGACGGGUAUAGAUCAAUGGGCAGCCGGGUGUAUUCUUGGAGAACUGCUGCUGCAUCGACCAUUACUGCCAGGAAAAAGCGAUAUGGAACAGAGAAAUUGA